GCAUCCCUCCACGAGCCGCCGCCGCGGCUUCAAAACCUGUCGGUCUGCAUUCCAGUGCCGCCGCCGGUGAAGCCGCCAAGUCGGCCGCAGAGCGGCCUCGUCGUCAAAAGCGUCGUCGUCUCGUCGUCGUCCCUCGUUGUUUCUGCGCGUCCGGACCUGAGCGGCGGUUGCUCGGAACGCGUCGUCGUGCUCCCACAGCGCGUUUCAAAAAAAAAAAAAAAAAAAAAACGCGAACGAACGGCGAACAUGAAGUAAGAAGGCGAAAAGCGAGUGACGAGGAAGAAGAAGCGAGGGGGGCCCCGUGUGACCGACGACAAAGGAACGCGCACGGCGUAGCCGGGCCGCAUCGCCCGGGAUCGACCUUUUUUUUUCUUCUUCUUCCCUCCCCUCGAGAGAGGAGCGAGCACAACGUGCGAUAUUGUGCCCAUUCCAAAUUAUACGUUCACGAGGAACUACGACGCGGGACGACGCGAUCCCUCUUCUUCUCGGCGUCGACUCGUGCUUGGCUCGGAUCGAGAGGAAAAAAAAAAAAGGAAUCCCUUAUCCGUUAACGAAUUGGAGAAUUCGUCCUUUUGUCCUCAUCGCAAUCGCACGAUCCUCGAUCCCAUAAAUGCAUCACGCGAGAAAGACGAUCCUUCGCUGGAAUACUAAUGACACACCGAUAGUCAUUUAUGGCACGGCCACGCAUUCCGCGUAGAACGGGAAGGAGUCUGUAUUGUCAGAUGGAUUGGAGCAUUUUCGGCGGAAGAGGUCUUUUUUUCAUUGCGAGGAUUUUCAAAAGUUUUUCUCCUCGCGAGAUAAGUGCCGGCGCGCGCACAGGUCCACUUUCUCCUUAUCUCCUUUCAUCUAUGCUUUUUACAUGAUUUUAUCAGACACGCCUAUGUAACGCCGACGACGAUUGAAUCGUUAAUACGAAAGCGCACAUCGGGCAGAUUAGACUUCAUUGCGGUGCUACGGAUAACGCGUGUAAGCGCAUUGGUCGCGCACGUACGCACGCAUGCACAGACACAGACCGCAUUCGUGCGUGCCCCAAGAGGGAAGCGGAGUGGACAACCACUGCUUUGGAAUUCGGCUUCUUUAUUUUUACGAGAAAAUGUGUCAAGAUGACAUCUAUCUUCCCUUUAUGUGGCAUCAUAGUUAUCCUACUUUACGGUCCGAUCGGGUCUGUAUAUGGGGAGAGACAAGAAUUGGGUAUGUCCUUUACCCGACACCCGCAGCCUCUGGCCGCUCCGUUAAAUGACGACGUGAAUUUCGAGUGCAGUCUCAAUCUCGCCGCGGAGCGUUUUGCAUGGCAUCACAGACCCCUGAAUUCGAACAAAUGGAUACCGCUGUCCCAUCCCACGAACAGCAGCGGCAAAACGUCGCGACACGUUGUCAAUUUCGACAACGAGUCAAAGGCCGGAGACUAUCGUUGUAUCGCGUUCUUUGGUACGAGCGGUUUAGCAUCGGAUCCAGCGAAAUUGACACUCGCGACGAUACAGAAAUUCUCCGAUAAAAACGACGUCUUCAUCCAAGUGGCGGAAGGUAACACCGUUCCCAUCACGUGUCCCAUACCGUAUUCCGAACCGGAAGCUAUAGUGCAGUUUUACAAGAAUGACGAGCUCCUCGAGAAUGCAAAUCUGGUGAAUAGCAAGAUAAUGGUCAUCAAGAAUGUCGGAUUGUCGAACAGCGGAUCGUAUCACUGCAGCGCGAACAAUUACAUAACGCAGCAGAUUUUUACGAGUAACCAUAAAACAAUUUUGACGGUACACGCAAACACGACUUUUCAAGCGCCAUAUUUUAUCAAGCAACCGCAGACGGAAUAUAUAGUUCCGCGCGGUAAAAACAUUACGUUGGAAUGUUUCGCCGCCGGUUAUCCGGUGCCGCGUAUCAUCUGGAGCCGUUUGGGUAGCUCUCUACCGCUGAAAUCGGUACAAUCGUCCACCGGUCUGACGAUAGUUCACGUGCAGCCGUCCGAUCGCGGGGAAUACGACUGCGUGUGGAGUAACGAGGUCCGGCAGAUUAAAUCUGUGAUCAUCUUGAGGGUCGUAGAGCCACCGAAGGUCACGAGACAACCGAAAGCGUCCACGUUUUCCGAGGGCGGUGAAUUGGAGCUCUCAUGUAGCGUGACGGGCGAGCCGGAACCGAGCAUCGAGUGGUUGAUCAACGGAAAAUCCUUGGUAUCUAACAAGAAUCAGGAGAUCAGAGGCUCCACUCUUCUCAUAUCCGAAGUUGAGAAGAAGCACGCCGGGAUUGUUCAGUGCGUCGCCAGCAAUAAAUACGGAUCGCAUUCGGGAUAUAACUUAUUGCGAGUCAACCCGAAGCAGCAUGUUCUCGGUGGCACGACCGAAUCGAGACCGGACUACGGAACUAUAUCGAGGCAUAAACAUACCAGGGGCGGUGGUAGACGCAGAAAUAAAGAAGGAAAAAAGAAGGGCGCAGCAGUUUUGGUACCUCCGAAUCAGCCCAAUGUCACAAGGUUAUCCGAUGUCUCUGUCAUGGUAAGAUGGUCGGUGCCGGAAAACAACGGAUUACCUAUACAAUUCUUCAAAGUUCAAUACCGAGAACUCAGCCCAAAGACGAACGGCAAACAGACAAAUAAGUGGAUGACGGCCAAUUCCGAGAUACCGAAUCACGUACGAUCUUUUGAAGUGACCGACUUGCAGCCCGAUCAUACUUAUCGAUUUAGGAUCGCCGCGGUGUACUCGAAUAACGAUAACAAAUUGAGCACGAAUUCCGUGCGUUUUCAUCUUAAUAGGGACGCUGGCAUUGAGAGCAAUAAAAUGCCGAUACCUUUAUUGACUAAUACCGAAGCGCUGGGACCGCAUCAAGUAUUAUUAAUUUGGCAAAAUCCCGACAAAUCGGUUAAAAUUGACGGAUUCUACAUAUAUCAUCGGGCUUCUACUACAGCCGGCGAAUAUCUUAAAACCACCGUUGAGGGAAAAGAUGCCUACAACAUGACCAUCUCUCAUUUACAAUCUGAAACUGUCUACGAAUUCAAGAUCCAGAGUUUUUCCGUGGAUGCGGCGUCGGAAUUUUCCCAUAUAUUACGGCAGAAAACUGGAAAAAGUAUCGAGGAACAUCCGGUUCAACAAGUGAUAGCGGAAAAUAAAUUGAGACCGAGCGAAAGUAACAAGAAUGUCAGUAUUCAAGUUAUAAUCGGUGGAGUAUUCGGAGGAGCUGUCAUUUUAGCUGCUCUCGCCUUUGUAGCGGGAUGUUUAUAUAAAAGAGCAAAGUAUAAACAAAAUCAGGAAUCGCAAAGUGAAGGUAAACCGAUAACAAAUGGACGAGUAAUGAAUGGUGGAGUUACAGAUUCCAAAAUUAACAUUACGUCUAAUCCUCUUGCCGGUCUUGAUGCGUCCGAAGAUAUUAUGCAGCCUAAGAGCGGGCAACAGUCAUCGAUGGAAAUGACGUCGUUUCUAAACGGCCAAAACAACAAUGGCAGCAACAAUGGACAUAACAACGGCGACGCAGCUGGAUCUGACGUAAACGUCACGUCGCAUAGCGAGCCACCGUCUCUGCGCCAAGGGCCACUGCCUAUCGAACAACGUUUGUGAGAAUUUAUCGCAGCUAUGUCUCUGUCUCUUAUAGACGGUAAGAUUGCGACUGGAGGAUCUCGUGAUCGAAAAACGGAUGCCGACAAUCGUAUGAGCCUUUAACGAAUUUUAUUUUAUGAUAUGAAAGGAACGCAAGAGAACAUACAUGACUUAUCUCGACGCGAGUUAUAUCUCGAUGAGAAACUUAACUUAUAGGCUGUAGUUAGCUAUAUUGCAAUGAAGAGACUGUUGCAAGACAUUUACAGGGUGUCUUUAAUAAAUAUGCUCAAAUGUAUCGUCGCUGUAAAUUGGGAUUAACUUGACGUUACUUUUGCAUGCAGGAAAAAAAGAUGUAUCAUUUUACAUAUUCUUUGCCAAACACGAUAUUUUUGAUGUUUAAUAUAAUCAAUUAUGAAAUGUAAUAUAUUGUAAAGAGAAAUAUUUUCUUUUACAUCUAUUAUUAAUCAGUAUAAGAUUAAUUUUUCACAAUAGUCAAAAUAGUCCCAUUUUACAGUAUAUAAGAUUAUAAAGUAAAUGAUCUGAUUGCAUCUUUGUCUUUCCCUUUUUAUAAAAAAAAAAAUUAUUAAGGAUCUUGUCCGUUAAGUAAGCAUGAAUUCAAUUAAUGUACCUGCAAAGUGAUUGUGACUUUACUGUUACAUAUAUUUACUUAACGGUGACAAGCUAGUGAGCACUGAACAAUUUAGAUUUUUAUAUCUCCUUUACAGGCAACUUUUAAGAAAAAUUUGUAAUAAAAGGUAUAUAUUUUUGAAAUACUAUGCAUAUAGGAUACAUAAAAUACGUACAAUUACAUUAACAAUUAAUUAUUCAUCACAAUUUAUCAUCAGUGUUGAGAACAGAAAGUAAUGUCAACUUUAUGACAGUUACUAUAGAAAUAUCUUUUUAAUGAAUAAUGAAUAUAAUGGUUGAGUCAUAUAUCGUUAACAUUAUCAUGUAUGCCUGUUAUUUUUAUAAAUGUUUUCCUAGCUGCAAUAGAGAUUGAAUAAUUUAUUAAUGUCGUUCACGACUUAUGCAAUAUUACGUCAUAAUAUCUCUGUGACGAUGAUUUGUUAUCAAAAUUAUAUAAUGAAAUGUUAUAAUGUGUUGUGAGGAAAAAGUGAUAAAAAAUUAUAUCUUGAUGAUUGAUAUUUGUGUGUAACAGAAAAAAGAUGAAAAUUGUAAAUACAAAUGUGUAUAAAAUUUUUUAAAUAAAUUAUUUAAUGUUUGGCUUAUAAAAGUACUACAAUCGCGUCUGUGUGAAUCGAUGAUAAAGCUAGUGAAAAUAUACAUUGUACAUACUAGGAUAGUUUUAAACGACACGAAUGAACAUAUGUGCCUUACAUCUUGCCUGAAAAUAAUAAUUAAUAAAAAAAUUAUUAUUAUUUAUACAUCUGUAUACUAGUAUUUUGUGUACUUAAUUUUUAUAAAAUAAAUUAUAUUCGAAAGAGAGAGAUUUUAAAGAUAUAUGUGUGCAUGUAUAUAUGUGAUGAAAGCUUUUGUUGUGUACUUUGUAAAUUUAGGAUAACUAUAUAAUCGUGCUUAAUAAAUGUAAUAAUAAAAUAUAA